GAGAAUGAGUUAUAUCACAUUCUGUUAUGCCCACUUUCCAAGAAGCAGAUCUUCCUGAAAUCAUUGGUACUUGCUUCUUUUUCAACUUUGAGAGGGUUGUGCUAUGAAGUGCUGCAUGGAUGUUAGCACUACAGGCCUGGCAGGUGUGAAACAGCUUUGAAACAAGUCAAGGCUGCAAUAUUUUACGUAAUGUUGUAAACCGUCCUGAGACUUAAGUAUGGGGCGGUAUAGAAAACUUUUAAAUAAAUAAAAUAACCCUCUCUUCUGCCUUUGAUGUGAGAUAUUUCAGAAGAAUGGGACAAUCCUGAAUUCGGUGCUGAGCUGGGCUUUUCCGUGAAUGUGAGUGAUUCCUGAGGCCGAUAUGAAUCGCAUCACACUUUCUGAGCCACCAGCCGCCUCACCCCCCACGCAGAAGAAUGCCCACAUCCUUGUGGGUGUAACAGGAAGUGUGGCUGCCUUAAAGUUGCCUCUUCUUGUAGCUGAACUCCUGAAACUACCUGGAGUGGAAGUUCAGGUUGUGACCACGGAGAAUGCAAAGCACUUCUACAAUGCUGGCGAGAUUCCUGUAGCCCUGCACAGCGAUGCAGAUGAGUGGCAGAUGUGGAAGGGACGCACGGAUCCUGUCCUGCAUAUAGACUUGAGGCGCUGGGCUGACCUCAUGCUGGUGGCUCCGCUGGAUGCAAACACCCUGGCCAAGAUCGCCAGCGGCCUCUGUGACAACUUACUGACGUGCGUCGUCCGUGCCUGGGACCUGAGCAAGCCGCUGCUCUUCUGCCCCGCCAUGAACACGGCCAUGUGGGAGCACCCCAUCUCUGCACAGCAGGUGCGGCAGCUCAAGGGCUUUGGCUACCUGGAGAUCCCGUGUAUCGUGAAGAAGCUCGUUUGUGGCGAUGAAGGUCGUGGCGCCAUGGCAGAAGUGCCGAUCAUCGUGGAGAAAGUGAGGGCGGUCCUGCUGGAACGAGGCCUGCUGGACCAGAGCUGAUCCCCCACCACAUCCCCCCCCCGCUCCUCCUGGAGAGUUUUUGGGCUGCGGACGGAAGGAAGAGGUAGACAGAAGGAGCAAAGCCUGCAGGACCGAACCUUGGCCCAGCCCCGUGCGGAGAACUUCCUGCAGCUGACGGUGGACGCAGUGCAGCUGUGGGGGGGGGCGUCGGGCAGCCCCGGCUUUUGUUCCUGCCUGCAAUGAGAGUGGAGGCUGCCAUGGAGUUUGCUGGUGGGUAUUCCAGAACCGCCUCGUGAUCGAUUGAACGAGAAGGAUGCCGAGAUUCCCUGCUAAAGUUCUGUCCCCCACUAGGCAACCGACGGAUCCCAAGGGAAGGGCCAGCCCUCCACCGCGCACGGCCAGAGCAGUAGUUGCAGCUUCCACCUCACUUUCUGAGGGGUGCAAGAAGAGCCGGAGUAGAGCAGUCUGUCGUGGGCUCCAGAGAGUGGGGGGCAGAGCCCCUUCAUGCUGCGGCUGCCCCAGAGAGCAGGGGAAGAGCGUAGGGUCCCAGCGGGCCAGGCACGAGGAAAGGGGCUGAUCGUGGGGUGGAGUUGGCGGGCACAGCAGAUUCCGGCUGUGCCUUUCUGCUUCAGCUGAUGAGGGAAAAGUCAAGGGAAUAGCUGCAAAUCUUUGGAACCGUUUCCUUGUUGUGGCCUCUGUGCCUUGGAUCUUGCCGAGGAUUAGGCCGGGCCUCUCGCAGAAGGGAGGUGGGGAGAGGUUCCGCCCGGCCCCUUCUUUCGUUACCCUUUGCUCUGCCCUGCUGCUGAUGCCUAGGAGGGCUGACCUCAGAGAGCAGAGGAGUAAACAGCACGCUCUGCGGGAGAGGUCUCCUUAGGUCUUGCGGCUACAACCGCGUGGUGUUCUUGGCGCGCGGAUCUGGGGCCAGCGGCGCAGGAGGUCAGGAGGUCUGGGAACGCUUUUGCAGAGACACGGAUAACCUCUCCGAAAACCAUCGCGAUUGAAGAUUAACAGCUCCUUACGCAGGAACCGGGAAAGUGACCUCCGCUCUCUGGGGCUGAGUUAUGAGCCUGCCAGCUGGCUCCUUUGAUCCCUGCACUGAGGCAGCGGUCAGGCGGGGUCGGUGCUGCCGCAGAAGCAAAGCAUCCUGCUCGCUCGCCCGCCUGCCUGCCUGCCUGCUCAUCUGUUCAUUCGAUCGUUCGGUGAGACCGGCCACCGUGCACAGAAAGGCCCUCCUGGUCCCAGCGUUCCGUCUUGCAUGCAGGGGGACCCUGGAACUGCUGAGCCCAAGGGCAGCGCUGCACCCCGACUGCUCCCCUGCAAAUAGAAGGCGCCCUUGGCUUUCCACGUCUCGCUCCCUUCAUCGCGGGGCCGCUGCAGCAGGGCAGGGCAGGGCAGGGCAGGGCAGGGUGCUGGGAAUGAGAGCGCUGCUGCCAGUCAGAGUCCGCAGGCAGAGAUACCCCGGUGUGUCCCACUUAGGUGCGAGUUGGAUUAACUCCCCAGCUCCCAGAAGGAAUCCAGGCACUGGACGGUGGGUGUGCUCGUCCCCUCGUGCGUUAUUCCUCUCUCUGGGCCAGUCUUUCCCCAGCCUGGCACCUUCAAGGUGUAUUGGCCCAGAAUCCCCGUAAUCCACAGGGGCCACACUCUCUCAGGAUGAUGGAGGUGUCAGGUUCAGGGGAGUCUGCUUUGUAAUACGAGGUAGAAAACAUGCAACAUGCCGUGGUCUUGCUGUGUUUUCAUCACGGAAGGGGAAACGAAGCAACUUUAGGAGACGCUGCCUUGAAAGCAGGUCGGUUUUGAAUUGGAGCCUGGUAUAGGAGAAAGUCCCCUCUUCCCGGAGCUGCAGCUGCUGCUCUUACCAAGGUCACAAUUCUCCCAUGGUGGUUCUUAUUUAUACUUUAUUAUAUUUAGAGCCUGCCUUUUCUUCUGCAAGGAGCCCAUGGCAGCUGGCGUCACCCUCCUGCUCCUCCCCUUUUCCGCACCACAACAUCCCUGUGAGGCAGGUUAGGCUGGGAGUCCACCUCUGGCCCCAAGAUCCCCCAGUGAAUGGCUUGGUCAAGUGGGGACUAGAUUCUGGAUCACGUGGUAUCGCCCCUGCUCCCAGCAUGCAUCCCCUGGAGAGCUACUUCAUCUCCCAUGGGCCACUCUUACCUCUGUCCCCACAGAGUGCUGAGUUCCUCUUGGAAGGUGGAACUGGGGAGAGGAGAUACCUGAAAGCGUUUCUGUUGUCUGACCUGAAUAAAGACAGACAGACAGACCCAGAAGCCGUUUCUGGACCAGCUGGGCUACUACUGGCUGGUGUGUGUGUGUGUGUGUGUGUGUGUGUGUGUGUGUUGGGUGGGGCAAAUGUAGCAGCACCUUUAGAGGGGGGCUUCGGAACACCUGCUUUUCAUGUAGAAAGUCCUUCCCCAGGUUUAUGCAGUACGUCGCACCUGAUAAGAGAGAGCUGUUGCACUGAGAGGCCGGGGGGUCACUGCCAGCCAGAGCGGCACUGCGUGGGUGGCCAGGCAGCUUCUGAGGUGCCCUGUGUUUCCCGGUUCUGUGUUUCCCGCUGCCUCGCCACGGCUGGAGACCGUUUGCCCCUGAGGUUAGAGGGCGAGGGUGUUUUUAUAGGGUGGUGCACCGAAGCUCGGGUACAGGAAGGUCAUGCUGGCAAACAUCAACCCUGCAUGCAAGCAGUCAGCAAACUGUCCUUGGAGAUUGUCGGCAGGCUGCGCUGCGCUUUUAUAAAUAUUGACAGAUAUUUGCAGGCCUUCCGAGGCAAGGCCAAGCAGAUAAACGUCUGGGGAGCAGCGCUGUGGUCCCGAAGCUGCACGGAUCCGCACACCUUCCCUCCGGGAGUGCUGGCCGGCUGAGAGGCCUGGGUUUCCCACAGAGCAGGCCUGGGGAUCUGUGAAGCAAAGGUGCACACCGUUCCUGCGUCUGCCAUGCCCGAGAGGAGCUGCACUGGUCCACAGCUGCGGUAAUGUGCCGCUGGUCUGAAUCCUGGUGUGCCAAACCUCCAGGCUGCCAGCCCUGUUUGGCCCGGUGCUGGUCCCCCCCCGGCCUGCGCAGCACGUUCCCCCCCAGACCCUCCCUCCUCCCACGAACAGCAUUCCAGGACUCGAAUCCCAGAUGAGUUUCUUGGGAACCCUCGUUGCGACAGCCCUGGAUUAUCGCGGAGAAAAAGCAGGGGCCUGUGUCUAUAAAAACGUUCAUUCAAGGUGCCUGGCCAUACCUAGAUCAACCCCGGGUGGCUUGGGACUGCAGUGUGCACAGGACUGUCUCUCAGCUGCAGUCUACCUGGAUGCUGCAUCCAGUGUUGGAGGCCUUCCCUGGCGGCAAAAAGCUACUGGCCUUUCUCUGCCUCAGGCCCCCACGUUUAAGAAACAGUCUCCCCACGGAGACCCACCUGGCACCAACUCUUGCCCUCUUGGCCCAGGUCAGGUUGCCCUCUACGCAGAGGCAUUUAACAGGCCGAUGGGGGGGCGGGUGUUAGCUGCUUUUCAUAGCCUGUCUUAUUCAAGUCAUUUAAGCUUUUAAAUGCGUGCUACUUUAUGACGUUUGUAUAGUUGUAUGCAUUGUAUAAUGUUACUAAUUUUAUGAGUCGCUGUGAACCAUCCAGAUCACCUUCGCCAUUGGGCAGUGUAGUGAUCAUCAUCAUCUUUAUUAGGGUCAUUAUUAGUAAUCGUGAUUUCCAAACACAGAAUUAAGCAAAACGCAUCCAGUGUCAAUUUACGUGUUGGCAGAGUGUUCCCCUGGGGAAGUCAGGAGGGCUGGAUGUAGCCCCUGGGCCCCCGGUUCCCCACUCCUGCUUGCCAGACGGGCCUUCCUGAGAAUGCCAGUUUCUGCAGGACCAACCAGGAGCUGCUAGAAUCAUGCCCAGCUGGUGGGCUUCCCAGUGGCUAACCCCCGGUUGACGUUUGGUUGGAAAAACCAGUAAAAAGUAAUACCCUUUUUUUUCCAAGACUUGGACCAGCUCAGUUGAUUUUCUUCCUUUGAAUCGGCAAAGAGCUCCGAUCGUUUUCCCUUCCUCUCGGCUUUGUAUGCGAAGUGUAAUUUGUUAGCUACGGCUGAAGGGCACUAAGUGCAAUUAAAACCGUUCCCUGCAUCCAGGCCUGGUGCUGUUACAACACAGAGUGCUCAGAGUUUUGACUGAGGCUGAGCGGGUACAUCUGUCCACAGCCCGGGCUGAUAAAUAUGGUUGGUGACUGAGACAGCACCCAGGGUCUUAAACAAGGAUGGAAGAAUAAAGAGGGUGGUCCUACGUUUUGCCUUGCCAGUGGCUAGUUGCGUUGGCAUCCAGCUCACAAGGGUUGGCAUAAUCUGUGACUGGACAGAUGUAUGGACAUUUUGCUCGGUCUUCCACAACAAUUCCUGACGCCUACAUCUUAUAUAUAAAAUACAUAGGGAUGCACAUUGCACACAUAUCUAUCGUAUGGAACACAGUCAAAUCAUUUGUAAGAAAACUAACAGUUUAUUGAGGGAUGCUUUUUAAUUUAUUGCGAUUCAUGGGGGAGGGAGGGGCUCAAUUCACAGUUCACAACCCUAUUUGUAAGCAAUUCUUCAGAUGCUUGUUGCCACACGCACACAGAUGAGAGAAGGUCCUUGUGGCCCAAACCAAGAUGGAUGGCAAAACGAACGGCUCUACGAGGAAGAACCGGGCCUUGUGGCUAGGAAAGGAAGUCAAGAGAGGAAUCAAAGCUGAAGCUGAAGCUCCAGGCCCUCUCUUUUUGGGAGCAAGCGUCACUGAACCUGGUGUGACCUAAUGCUGUGUAAGCGUGUUGCCAAACGUUAAGUGACAGAUUGCACAAGCCCCAUGCUGGGUGUCCUGGGAGGAAGUGACAAGGCUGCGAUUCCUGUUGACAUCAGAGCCCAGAAUCCGAGGGGGCCACUCUGGACACUCUCACCCCCUGAAAUCCUGCUGCCGGGGCUUUCGCCUUCCCCCCAGCUUUUUGCGUUACGAAUUAUUCCCUGCAUCGGGUGUGCUUUCCUCGUGCAGAGGAAGGCAGGCCAGUGCUGGUGGAUCAGCCUCUUCUCAUCGAAGACUGCGGAACGUUCGCACAAACACCAGAGGAGCCGGCCCUCCCCUUUGCAGUGCUGAGAAACAUAACCAUCAUCAUUUUGUCUGGUGCUGUUGAAAACGGAAGGAAUGGCCCGUCUUCCCCUUUUGUCUGACGGGGACUCCCCUCAGCAGACCCUGGCUGCUUCUGGGAAGCCAUAUUUUAAGUCGGUCUUGUGCAACAGCAGAAAGGAUCUACCCCCCCCUGCCCUUCCGCCUUGACAGGGAGCACUUAAUUUGGUCCUUAAGUCGGCAGCUGCUUCACUUGCAAGCCUCUGCUGCAAUAAGGGAGAGCCCUCCACAAAAAGCACCUUUCUCGCAUCCACCCUAAGAUCAGCGGGAGGACAAGAGCCUGCGAUGAUAAAACGCUGCCGUGCGGAGCACUCGCGGGGGUGAGGAUUCCAGCCAUCCUGCUCUGCUCCCCCCCCCGUUUUUCUCUACCUGUCCUCAGGUUUGAGAGUGGCCAUGUGCACGCCUGUGAAUUCUGGAGCUCUGUGUACUGGGUUUCUGAACCCUCCAAUUUGUAUUCUGUUUCAAGGCUCGGUCCUGGGGGCCGAUUAAUUGCAGGUACGCGUUGGCUGCCUGGCAGGGGCAAUUAGAGGCAGAGCUCUCCACCCCUCUCCUGGCCUUAUGGGACGCGCUAUUAUUUUCCCCGAAGAAUUACCAGCUCGCCUUGCUUCCCAGAAGGCAAAGCAACUGGCUCUUGGUAUUUCAUCAGCCAUUCAUCCCUAAGAAACUUGCAGUAAAAAAAAGCCAUUUUCAUGACGCCGCCACUCAGCCCUAUCUCUCCCUUUGCUGGCUUCUGCAGGAGGUAUUCCUUCAUAUUCCGGGGGAAAGUUUGGCUUCUGGUUACAGCAGCCGGCAGCCAGAAUGCAAAAUCCUGCAAAGUAAAGGCAGAAGGACGGACUAAACCGUCAGCGAAGGAAUUGCACAGGAGAAUGCAAACCAACAAUUUUAAGUUAAAAGACGGAAGGGGCACCGUGGAUGCUCUUUCUAAACCCAGUAAAUAGUCAUUGAUUCUGGAACCAAAUUUUAGUAACAGGAUUGAUUUUGUAUGACCAAUAAAUGACUUUCUUUCA